GAAAGGAAAUAUACAGACUAAAGUAAAUCUUUUGGAAAUCAGAAUUCUGCAAUGAAUUUCCACUAAUGUAAUUAUUCUCGAUCGAUGUCUGCGUGUUCUUUCCUAUUAAGAAUGGCGGAUAAGAAGAGGAGAACAAUAAUCAAAAGGCAAGUCGCUUCUCUCGUUCUAUUUCUUUGCGUGUGGGCCCUCGAAUGCGAGGCGGUUCGCUAUACCGUGCCGGAGGAAAUGGAGAGCGGGUCCUUUGUGGCUAAUGUAGCCGAGGAUCUAGGGCUAGACCCGAAGGGACUGUCUGCUCGCAGGGCCCGUGUGGUUUCCGAAGGCAGCCGCCAGCAUUUCCAGCUAAACAGCAACACCGGGAACUUGUUUAUUAAAGAGAAACUGGACAGAGAGGAACUGUGUGGGCAAACUGACCCCUGCAUUUUGCAUUUUGAAAUAAUCCUGGAAAAUCCCUUGCAGUCCUAUCGGGCUGAGGUAAGGGUUUAUGAUGUAAAUGAUCAUUCUCCGGAGUUCUCAGAUAAUGAGCUGCUUCUAAAGAUGCCCGAAAGCACUCCGCCUGGGUCCCGAUUCCCCCUGGCAAGCGCCCAGGAUUUAGAUGUCGGGAACAACAGCUUGCAGAGCUACGCCAUCAGUUCAACAGACCAUUUCCGCGUAUACACUCGCCAUCGCAGCGACGGCAGGAAGUACGCGGAGCUGGCGUUGGAGACACCUUUGGAUCGAGAGGAGCAGGCAGAAAUUAGCUUCAUGCUGACUGCGGUAGACGGAGGCUCCCCAGCGCGGUCCGGUGCAGCGGAGCAUGGCAUUGCUGGAACGGACUCUGGAAAAGAACAGGAUCUUCUUGCUAACCUCCAGCUGAACACGGACGCAGAAUCAGCGAACGAGAACAGCACCUCCCCUGCUAACGAACUGGUUCCCAGAACAGCAGAGGCGGGUCACCUUGUGAUGUCAGUAGCGGAAAUUCUGGGCAGAAAUCUGGGCUUUCCUGACAAACGCUGAAGGCCACUGAACCAGGUCAAUGUGGAACUCCAUAAUGGGGAAAUACGAAACAUUAGGAUAAUAACAGAUCCCAACAGUAUAGCGCGAAGACUGGUUAUUAUGGGUAUGGGCGCAUUAUCCCCAAUACAUUAUUCUCCGUUCCUAAAUCAUUAUUUCAAUAUUGAUACGCAAGUUUGUAAUAACCCAGAUUUUCAAAAUAACUCUUUGCGAAACUAAUUGUUAUCGAUGUCCAGGUGAACUAUUACAAUUAUGUUUUUGCUGUUCUCGUUUUAUCGAGAAAACAUGUUCUUCAUGAUUUCCCAGUGUUUAUGUUACACUUGACAUCCGUUUUAUUAUGUCCUGCCAAUCGAUUCUAUUUGUGUA